AUGUCAUCCAACAAACGAGCCCUCCUAAUCGCCAGUACAUAUGGCGGGCUGAAUGGAACCCUAAAUGACGUCAAGACCAUGGAGGGUCUUCUUACACGACGAGAUUUUGAAAUCAUCCCCUGCUACAACGAAAGUGCAACUCGCGCCGGUAUCCUAGAGGCCUGGGCUAAGUUGAUCGAGGUCACCUCUCCCGGCGACGCCGUGGUGAUCUACUACUCAGGCCACGGGGCCCUAGUGCACGACGAGAACCGAAAGGAGAAGAAUAAAUCAUGGCAGUUCCAGUUCCUUGUCCCAGUCGACUACGACGAAUCGACUGAGGGAGACUUCCGGGGAAUCCUCGAUGUGGAAAUAUCGUACUUGCUUCGCGAUACGACGGACAAAACACGGAACGUGACUAUUGUUAUCGACUGCUGUCACUCUGGGCGGAUGUUCCGGGGUCCGGACGAGGAGCCUGUCAAGCAAAAGAGUUUGUCAAAAGUCCAAUUCCAUGAUUUGAAUUUGUACUUGAAGAAGCUUCGGGAAAAAGGGUAUUUCCAUGGUGAGGUGUUUCAGCUGGGAAACCCGUAUGCGGUUCGGAUCGCUGCCGCGGCCACAGCGGAAAGUGCUUGCGAGCAUAUCAAUGCGCGCGGGCAAUGGUCUGGGGCCUUGACUGAUGCUUUAGCUAAGGCUAUGGGGGAGACGAAUGGCAUUGAUGUGUCGUGGAGGACUACGCUGGUCAGGGUCUGUCAGCUGGUUAAUACCCGGCAUCAGUGGCAGCAUCCCCAGGUCGAGGGACCAGACACCCGAGCACACUUUUCUCUGCAGCAUGUCAAGUCCGGUGCGCUGUAUGUUAAGAUUGAGAACGGUAAGGCCAUGAUCGAUGCAGGGAGCGUGGUUGGUGUGCGAAAGGGGAAUGUUUACACUGUGGUUCCCUUUAAUCCGGAUGAGGCAGAAGAAGGAGAACCGGUCGUGGAAGCCACCGUUACCGCUGUGGCUGCAUUCAAAUCGAAAGCUGCGCUAACACAUCUGCCAUCAUGGAGGAGUAUACACCGCGAGGGCGCCUUGGCCUUCUUGAAACAUGAUGUGGUUGACAAGUUACCGGUGUCUCUUCCUCCAGACCUGGAUGGUCUCCAAGCGGGCGUGGAAGAAUCCAGAUACCUCAAACCUUCCAGUCCGGAUGAUAAGCAGAAACCCUUAGCCGAGCUUCGCCAUGAAGAGGGCUCUAUUGUGCUAGUCGACAAUGAAGGCAUCCGAAUCAGGACACGCUUGAUUGACAGCACCGAAGAGGUGACCUCUCAAGCAUUCAGUGACAUUAUUGCUGAUGCAGAGCGACUGGCCCGGGCAAAACGUGUUCGAGAAUUACGCUGCGAGAGAAGGCAGGAUCUCCUGGUACAUAAUUUACAGGUCACAGUUGGCACCGUGGAGGACGGCGAACCGAAGGUAAAUUUCCAAAUGGCCGGCAGCGAUCGGAUCAGUGAAGGAGAGUCCGUCUAUAUUCGUCUCGAAAAUGCUGGUAGUACUACCCUCUAUGUUUCCGUGCUGAACAUCAAUGUUGUUGGCACUGUUUCAUCAUUGACUGGAGCAUGGCCCUUGGGCAUUGAGCUCCCAGCUGAGCUUGAUAUAACACUUGGAAGUAACUCCUUUGAUGAGCUAGUGGGCUCGGAAAUAUCUUGGCCAAACGGAGUUGCAACCGACCUUCCUAUAGAAGAGCGGUUUGUGAUUCUUGUCUCUAACCGCCCAGUCAGUCUGAACUAUUUGGUGGAAUCGGUAAAUCUCGACGUAGACAUUCUGCGCGAUGCCGCCGAGUUUGUCAAGACCGCAGCUCAUCUCUACGAUGUUGUUCACAUCCCAUUCAAGCUUUACGCGAAGGAUGUAUAUUUGGACGAUACUCCUUCCCUAGACCAUGACUCUUCCAGCGAAACCGUGUUUUGGGAUGCUCUGGACGAGCCCGCAGACCAGUGUAUCCUAGCUGCUAAUCUGCCCGAGCCAGAGACCGUAGUGGAAUGGGCAGAUGCUCUAAGCUAUCCUCUGGACUCCGUACCCAAGGGCAUCUUCGGGGCCAUCAUCCGAACCAGCAAAAGUAUCCCGCCAUGCAUUCGAGUAAUAAACCAACAUACCGAAGAGAUCACCGUGGUGGUAUCCAAAUACCGACCGAACCGCCUGUUAUCAGAGGUGGGGAUAAAUGCCUCCCCGACAGGUGCUGGCGUAAACUUCAGCACAACGACUUUCAACGGGCCGGCAACUAAGAAGACUCUUGCGUCUCAGGCAGAUGAAUGUGGGUGCUGUGUUGCUACCUUUCCUCUCUGGUCUCGGAGCGAAGGUUUCGGUGUGAUCAGUAUUUUCAAGGGCCCUGAGAAGAUCUUAUAUAUUGAAAACGACCGGGUACCCGCUGGAGCGACAGCGUACUUUGCAAACAAGCCUAACCUGCGGCUUGAGAAGUAUGCUUCGGGGCAAUGGGUAUGA